CACAAACCGAUUUCUGUAUACCCUCAUCUACACCAUAAUGUCUUCCCACGUCCUCGCCAAGAACGCUGGAGCCGAUGCGCUUCAGAUCGCCAAACUGUUCAACGUCGACGGCUGGGUCUGCGUCGUCACCGGAGGAGGUACCGGACUCGGCUUGACCACCGCCAUCGCCCUCGCCGCCAACGGCGCCAAGGUGUACAUCACCGGCCGACGAGCCGAGGUCUUGCAGCAGGCCGUGGAGACGGCCACGCCCAAGUCGGGGAACGGGAGCGUGCACGCUGUUCAGGGAGAUGCUGCGACCAAGGAGGGGAUCGAGAAGAUGGUCAACGAAAUCUCGAGCAAGGAAAAGUAUAUCAACGUCUUGAUCAACAACCACGGCGUAUCCCAAGGAAACCCCGACAUAACCUCCUGCCCCCAGACUCCCGAGGGGCUCUCUCAACAGAUGUACUCGGACACGUUCGAGAGAUGGUUGGAUACUUAUCGGAUCAACACGGCUUCUUAUUUCUUCACGUCGUUUGCUUUCUUGCCGUUGUUGGCCAAGGCGAAGACGGAGGGUGGGGCGGUUGAGCCGGGGAAUAUUUUGAACAUCUCGUCCAUGUCAGGUAUCACUAAGACGUCCCAACGGGGACAAUUCAACUACAACGCCGGAAAGGCCGCGACCAUCUCCCUCUCGCACCAACUCGCCACCGAGUUCGCCCGUCGAGACCUCGGCGUCAGGGUCAACACCAUCGCGCCCGGUUACUUCCCCAGCGGGAUGACCGAUACCACCACCUCGGACGCCGGCGGAAAGGAGGCGUUCAAGAAGGACUGGGGCAUCCCGUUCGGACGACCGGGGAACGCGGUGGAUUACGCGCAGUGCGUGAUCUCGACGAUCACCAACCAAUAUGUUACCGGAGCCGAGAUCGUCAUCGACGGAGCGUGGUUGUUGGAAUCGGCCUUCUAAGGCGUUCGAGACGUCGAGGUGGGAACGGUUCGAGAGAUCGAAAUCAGCCAUCUUGGUUUUUGAUUCUGCGAGAAAUCAAUAAAUAAUAGUACACUAUUCUAGCCAUUCUCCAAGUUGUUGCAUUUUGCUCUAGUACGAAAAGAAGGACUAAUAUGAUGAAAGGGCUAUGAAAUACUUUAAGUAAUUCAGCUCAGAGAAGACCGUGGGCCACGUCAGGAAACAGCGGGAGGAAAGAGAUGCCACGAU